AUGGCAAAAUCUAUACCAAAAAUUGGUUCACGUAAAAAUGGACGUAUUGGUUCGCGUAAACAUCCUCGUAAAAUACCAAAGGGAGUUAUUUAUGUUCAAGCUAGUUUCAACAAUACCAUUGUGACUGUUACAGAUGUACGAGGUCGGGUGAUUUCUUGGUCCUCUGCCGGUUCGUGUGGAUUCAAGGGUACACGAAGGGGGACACCAUUUGCCGCUCAAACCGCAGCAGCAAAUGCUAUUCGAACAGUAGUAGAUCAAGGCAUGCAACGAGCCGUAGUCAUAAUAAAAGGUCCCGGUCUAGGAAGAGAUGCGGCAUUAAGAGCUAUUGCUAGAAGUGGUAUACUAUUAAGAUUUAUACGGGAUGUAACCCCUAUCCCACAUAAUGGAUGUAGGGCUCCUAAAAAAAGACGUGUGUAA